UCACUAUCACAUAAAAAUCUUCCCUUGGAGGCACUUUGCUCAUUGAAUUUGGGGCGUGCUUACAAAGACGCUCUCAGCUGGAGGUGCAUCAGCAUGUAAGGUGCCACAACUGCGCAUUUCAUCCACUGAGCGCCUGCUGGAGGAGGAGAUACGCAUCAUAUAUACCUAACCAACCGUCUUUCUGGAUCACUCUGCUGGUCGGAACCGAUCACGGGGCACGUGCGUGCAGUGGAUACGCCGGAGCGCUGUGAGUCGUGGACUAAUUGCGGGGCGCUUGCGGGAAUACUAGGAGCACGAGAGGGGGGAUAAAUCCCGUUUUCCUGUCCGUCUCCACACAGACUUCGAUUUAGAGGGCAUUCAUUCGGUACUAAAAGUGAGAGAACGAUAUCGGGAAAGAUGUUACCGACGACAUUAGGGGGUUAGAGGUGCUGAGGUUCAUCCCAUCACUGAAUAUGGAGUAAAUUCCCACGUCUUCUCUUAUUUUGACUCGGAAUACAGUGAACGGGAGCGCGUCACGAUUAUACGUCUCACAUUCAAGGGAGAAAUCAUUCCAUUCACAAGCAAUUGGAUGAGAGUCAUACUUGCCCUUGGCAACUAAAGAUGACGUUACUAUGGAAACGACUUGUGGUGCUAUCAAUCAUUGGCUGCCUCGCAGCACAUGCAGAAGACACAAAGUUUCUUGGUCCAAGCUGGAGAAAGGAACCUGAAGAUCUGAUACUGCCCAUUCAUUCUCCUGAGCAGGAGGCUGUUUUAACCUGUGAGGCAUCAGGAGUCCCUUCUCCUCAGUACAGAUGGUCUCUAAACGGAACGCUCAUUGAUCUUCGUGGCGACGAGAGGCGUCGCCUGUCUGGGGGUAACCUGAUCAUUACCGGCCUGGAUCGGGACCAAGACAGCGGUGUCUACCAAUGCACUGCCUCCAACACCCGGGGAACCAUUCUCAGCCAGAGAGCCACACUACAGUUUGCAUAUCUGGAAAGCUUCAAAACGCAGACCAGAAGUGCUGUGAACGUGAGGGAAGGCCAAGGGGUUGUUUUGUUAUGUGGAACACCUUUGCAUUCUGGUGAGCUCACUUUCACCUGGGUCUUCAAUGAGUACCCUCACUUCGUCCAGCAAGACAGUCGCCGCUUUGUAUCCCAAGAGACGGGGAAUCUCUACAUAGCUAAAGUGGAACCGUCCGAUGUUGGGAAUUACACCUGCGUGGUUAAUAACACUAUUACCAAGGAGAGGGUGUUCAGUUCUCCAACUCCUUUAGUUCUGAGAAAUGACGGAGCGAUGGGAGAGUACGAGCCCAAAAUAGAGCUUCAUUUCCCCGACACCAUUCCAGCUGCUAAAGGAUCCACGCUGAAGCUAGAAUGCUUUGCCUUGGGAAAUCCAGUUCCCAAGAUUACUUGGAGAAGAACCAGUGACAUUUCGUUCCCAAACAAAGUCAAACUAAAAAAUUCCAAUGCCAUUUUGGAGAUUCCGAGUUUUCAACAAGAGGACACAGGAACAUAUGAGUGCAUCGCUGAAAACAGUCGUGGAAAGAACGCUGCGAGGGGUCGUGUGUCUUUCCAUGCCACACCUCAUUGGCUCCAGACGAUGACGGAUACAUCAUUGUCCAUUGAGGAGAAUCUGUUUUGGGAGUGCAAAGCCAAUGGGAAACCAAAGCCUUCAUACAGCUGGCUGAAAAAUGGAGAAACUCUUACAUCAGAGGGCCGAGUGCAAAUAGAGAAUGGCGCUCUCUCCAUCUCCUCGCUAAACCUCUCAGAUGGCGGGAUGUAUCAGUGUGUGGCAGAGAACAAGCACGGCAUCAUUUAUUCCAGCGCCGAACUGAUGGUGCUUGCCUCUGCUCCCAGCUUCUCCCAGAAUCCUUUGAGCCGAGUGCUUAAGGCUCGCUCGGGUAGUGACGUUAGCCUAGAUUGCAGGCCACAUGCUUCGCCCAGAGCCAUUAGCCUGUGGAAAAGAGGGGCUGAGAUACUGCAAAGAAGUGAAAGGAUUUCUCUCUUCCCGAAUGGGACACUUAAGAUUGCCAACGUAACUAAGCGAGAUGGUGGUACUUACACAUGCAUCGCUAAAAACCAGUUUGGCACAGCUAGCACAACAGGACGACUGAUAAUCACUGAGCCCACGAGGAUCAGCCAGGGCCCCAGCAGCACAGAGAUCACGGUGGGUGAGAGCAUCGUGCUGCCCUGCCAGGUGACUGCCGAUCCAGCCUUGGACGUGGCCUUCUCGUGGGCCUUCAACGGUCAGCCCAUUGAUUUCCAUCAGGACGCCGACCACUUUGAGCGAGUAGGAGGGAGCUUUUCUGGUGACCUUAUGAUUAGAAACAUCCAGCUUAAUCACGGCGGGAAGUAUGUUUGUCUCGUGGACACAGACGUCGAGAGUUUGUCUGCUGACGCGAUAUUGGUUGUUAAAGGUCCCCCCAGCCCCCCAGACUUGGUUGUGGUGGAGGAGGUCACAGACAGCACUGCCCAGCUGUCCUGGAGCCCAGGCCAGGACAAUGGAAGUCCCAUUACUGGAUAUGUCAUCCAGGCCAGGACUCCUUUUACUGUCGGCUGGCAAGCUGUCGACACAGUUCCUGAGGUGAUCAAUGGGAACACUCUGACUGCAACUGUGGUGGGUUUGAACGCUUGGGUGGAAUAUGAGUUCAGAGUCCUGGCCAGUAACAGUGUCGGGAUGGGAGAACCCAGUCCCCCAUCUACCAAGAUCAGAACAGAAGAUGCUAUGCCUGACACGGCUCCCACUGAUGUCGGAGGCGGAGGAGGUACCAAAUCGGAAUUAGUGAUAACAUGGGAGCCUGUUCCAGAGGAGUUGCAAAACGGAGAGGGCUUUGGUUAUAUCAUCGCUUUCCGGCCGGUGGGAAUGGUCACUUGGACCCGAGCCGUGAUCUCUGCACCCAGCGUCACUCGCUACGUUUUCCGCAAUGACACCAUCCCACCUUUCUCGCCAUUCAACGUCAAAGUGGGAGCGUUCAACAACCGCGGAGAAGGACCUUUCAGCAGUAUUGCAACAGUGUUCUCUGCAGAGGAAGUGCCGAGCGUAGCGCCGGAGAAAGUCGCAGCAAAAAGUCUGUCGGCGGCCGACAUAGAAGUUACCUGGGAGCCGAUCUCGUCGACCCCUGAAAGAGUUCUCGGAUAUGAGGUGGUGUACUGGGAAGAUGACACAAAGCCGGAUACAGUGGGUAAAGUGCGGAUCACUGGAAACUACACAGCAGUGAAUGUCAGCGGCCUGCAGGGAAACACUCAAUAUUAUCUAGCGGUGUGUGCCUUCAAUACCGCAGGAACUGGCCCCCAGUCUUUACCUGUCAACGUUACCACCAAAAAACCACCACCUGGACAGCCUCCUCAGAACGUAGAGUGGAAUCUGAUUGGCUCCCAGCUCGUGCUGCAGUGGGAUCCCGUCAUCGCUCUCGAAACUGAAUCUGAGGUCACGGGAUACAUAGUGGUGUACAGAAGGCACCGGAAUAACGACAUGUACUCCAUCAUCACCAACAAAACCUCGGUUGAGUUGACCCUCAAUCCGAACGACAACUACGUCAUUCAGAUCAAGACCCUCAGUGAAGGAGGCUUGGGGGAAGGAAGCGAGCCCAUCCACAUCCACCAACUCAGCAUGGGUGCCCGUGGAUCCAGAGCAGGACGGCUGUGCACACUUUCUCUCUCUCCGCUCCUCAUUUGCGCUCUGUCGACACUCAGUGCCUCCUGAUGUUCACCUCCCAUGAGCACCAUAUCCAACCGCACCAAGAAAAACACACUUCCUGCUCUUUGCUCAUAAAAGGCUUGAUUCCCAUCAAAAUCUGACCAGAUGGGAUUCCCCAGCUCCGGCAACAUGUAUGAAAGAGCCGGAUAUUGAAAUGUCAUGGGAAUGUUGGGGAAUUCAUCAUUAGUAAACAUGGCAGAGCCCUGCAAGAGAGUCAUUAGGGGUUUUUUUUUAGGAUGAUCUAAAAGUACUGCAAAAAAAAAAAAAUCUUAUUGAGUAUUUUUGGUUUCUUUUCCUGUAAAAAACCCCCAAACAUCUACAAUAAAUUAACUUGAGAAAAAAACUGCAUAAAUAUUAUAUUAAGACUUGUUUUCAGAGAGUAUAGCUUGAGGUUUAUUUACCUUAUCCCAUUGGUUAUUUAUUUAUUUGUUACAUUUCUAACAAAAUCAUUAUGCUUAAAACAAGGAAAAAUAUUUUCCAACAAGUUAAGAAAAACAAACUCUGAAAACAAAUCUUACUAAGUGGAAAAUAAGACAAAAAUACUGUUUAAGAAAAAUAUUUUUUUUGCAUAAAAUGUGACAGUUUCUUUGGCACCCUACACACAGGAAAAAAAACCCACAAACCGCUUUUGUUCUUUGUAUAAUACGCUUCUUUAUGCAGUGUGCCAAUAUGUGCGUCAUCUUUUCCUUGAUCCUUGAGAACAAUCAAUGCCUUAAAUUCAUGUACGCACCAAAGUAGAUGAAAAUAGUUUUGCAGUUGAGGACAAGGGCUAAGAAACCAGUGCUGGUGGGAGUUGCUCUUAUAUAUAAUGUGGAUUUUUUGGAUCUCUUGGGGUUUCAUUGCGCUAACUAAGUUCUGGGGUCUGGGUUAACAAAGCCGAGCAUUGAUUUGUGCUAAUGGGAAUCUUCCAUUAGUUAAGAAAAGAGUGUCGCCAUCCCGCCUCUAUUACAGUGCCAUCGACUGCAAAGGCUCCCUCUCAGUCUCUUUGAUGGGUAUUAGCAUUUUGUUCGACGCUUCAUGUCGGUUACAUUAUUGAUGCGUUACGCAUUAGACACUCUCCGCAAUUAAGGCUUUAAGACUUUUCCUGCGAGUAUUUGCUCUGUAUAUGCCAUCUAGCUGAACCAGAUUUAAGCGUUUGUGUUAUCUGCAACCCGUAUAUACUGUAACGAUCUACAACACGCCAAAAUGGCACUGAAUAUGGUUUCUGCCACUUAAAAAAGUAUGCUUUUGAAAAGCAUUCAUGAGCCUCACAGACUUCCAUCUAUGCUUAUGUCCGUGAGUGUUAGUAAACUGGCAUAUAUACUGCAAAACAAGCUGUCAAAAACUAAGUGACAAGAUGUGGAACACUGCUGGAAGGGUAUCAAAUUUUUAUAGCUCUAAUGGCCUUGCAGAUAUGAAAAGAGUGAAAGCACUGCAAACAAGUGCAAGUCUGAUGCGUAAAAAGUCCCCAGAGUUCCCUACCAGUCUGAAAAAAUCUGAGUUAUUCAAGGUGGUUUUCCAUACUAAUCCUGUUGUAUUGUUCAAUAGACAUAGUAGGGUUAAACAGUAUUUUAUUUGUGUUUGCGAUUGUUGUUUCUGUGGGUUAAUUAAGCACCUGCAUCCGCAACAUUUGCCCACUGGUUAUUUAUCAUAUCUUGCAUCAGUAACAAGUCUCCACAAGCUUUCAUGCUUGGGAUUGCCAGAUGUCAAGAGUUUAAAUCCCCCAAUCAGACGUUUCCUUUUGAAAGGACACAUUUUCUGCCCAGUGUAAUACAUGAUCUCUCCAAUCUGGCAGCCAUGUGCAUGUGCUCUCUGAAAACAGAGAAAAAAGGCACUGAUAAUCUAGGGAGAAAAAAAAAAGUUUUGCCAUGUUCGCUGUGAUUAAAUCUGCAAUCAAACAUUUUUAGUGAUGAACUGUAAUGGAUCCAAACAUGAAUCUCGGCAGUGGAUGCUGAAUGGUUGCAUUUAAGCAACCUUUGUACCACAAUGCAAAUAAUUUUUGUUGUUAUUUUAAUAGAAAAACAUGAGCAUAAUAUGGAAUUUUUAACGCUAAUAUUAACAAUUUAACAUUUUAUAUUUUAUUCCUGUUUUACCAGUAUUUAUAAUGCAAUAUAAAAGUUAGUUUGUUUAUAUAAAAUAUAAAAUUAAUAAAUCAGUAAAAUAGAUGAAGCAAAUAAAACCCUCUAUAUGAGCCAAUGUUUUCUUGUAAAAGUGCAAAAACCCCAAUUAAAUUUAAAACUUAAAUAGUAAUUCCUCGAAAUAUAAGUAUAGUGAUAACAACAGAGAAACUAUUAUUGCCAUCACUUUUUCCUGGCUGAUGAAUAAUAAAAACUGACAGCCAUUUAGAAUCCAUCCUGUUUUUACAUAGAGCAAGUAUAUGAAAGGGCAGAGCUUAUAAUAAACAUAACAAUAUCGUGCAUUGGUGUGAGUGCUAAUAUGGUUUUUGUUUACAGCUAUCUUUGUAGUUAUUGCUCUUGGCAUGAAUGGACCUUAAUAAUCUUGAGUAUAUAUUUUGAGCAAAAUAUUCAUGAAUAUCGGUUUACCCGUUAUCGUCCAGCCUCAUGAUAAUAUUAGACUGCUAGUAUAUUGGCGACCGCAUCUCACAUUGAUGCCCAUCUAACACGGACUGAAUUCUGAAUUUCUCAUUUGUACCCUCAAUGAGACAAGAGGAGAGGCGCUUCGGGGGUGACCUUUUAACGCCGAGGUUCGCUGCCAAGGAAUAGUGCCUUCACUGGACAAUAUGUUCCUGGCUCUGUCAUGGCAGUAUCAGGCUGUAGAGUCCAUAAUUUGCACUUGUUCUUCUCAACGUCAGAAGAAAGCACAAGGUAGUGAACCAAGGUGACAUAGCCUUCCUGCAAAGUCUCCAGAACAGGUGCGGUAGACACAGCCCAUGAAGACAUGUUAAAAACGUUAGCGAAGGAGAUAAAAAGAGAGGCUGCAGAGUCCCAAUCAGGACAGCCUAUCUGUUCUCCUUCAAGCUUUCAUAAAGGUCUGGGAACCUUGAUUAGGCUGCAGUGGCCCAGUCAAUGGGAUAUCGAUUUUUCUGCUCUAUAUUGCGGCUGUCACAAUGCAGACUCUUGAUUGACUGAUGUCGGUGUUCCUGUCAGCCGUCUUGUGUGGAGUUUGCGCUUUGAGUGUCUGAGAUGUCCUUGCCCUCCUCCCAUUCAGACAGUUUGAGUUUUAGCAGAAAACACGGAAGUAUCGCAAAAAAAGAAUAAGUUACAUUUGGCUAUUCCCACAUCUGUGUCAAUGCAGGCAAAAACACAGAAAUAUUUCAGAAUGUCGCUGUACGUGUUCGAAGGUCUGGGGUUGGUCCAUUAUUUUGUUUAUUUAGUUUUUCUCUUUAAAAAGAAGUCUCUUAUAUUCGCCCAGUAUGCAUUUAUUUGAUCAAAAAGUAAAAGCUGUAAUAUUUUGACAUUUUGAACUGUUUUCUAUGUUAAAUAUAAAACGAAAUUUAUUUCUGUGAUGCAAAGCUGAAUUUCCGACAAAAUGACGUCAUUUUUCCUUCAGAAACCAUCCUAAUAUGCUGAUUCAUUGAUGAAAAUACAUUUUUAAUGAAUGCAAAGUUCAAUAGAACAGCAUUUGUUCGAAACAGAAAUCGUUUGUGCCAUUAUAAAUGCUUUUGAUCAAUUUAAUGCAUUCUUGCUGAAUACAAAAGAAAAAUAGUAAAUUCCAUCAAAUCCUUAUGUUACAUCACAGAAGUGGGUUACAAACACGACUUUAAAGCGUAGAAGAGUGAAGAGUUUUAAGUUUAUUUUAUGGUGAUCUUUAUAGUUCUAUAGUUCAGUUUGUCUCUUUGAAAUUACAAAUUAUUUAUAGCUCAUUAUCUAUUAUUUUCAGACAUUGUUAUUUUUCAGUGUAGAAAAAUGAAAAUAGACAUUUGAUAUGUAAUAUAUCUAUUUCAUAUUACAGUAAUUACAAAGUUAGCGCUGCUUAUCACACCCCUUGUCACUAAUAAUAUGUUCGUUUUUCCAUGCGCUGUUUUUUCAUUUGUUCUAAUGUGCCCCGACCCUCAGUUACAGUAUCUGCGUAAUGAUGCAUAUAAACACUGAAACAAUAAUUGUUGUUUAAUAGCAAUGAUUUCUUUGGUACUCUUAAAAUUGUGAAGUUUAAUCUGCCUAAUUUUGUGUACACCGUAUAAUCAGUGAGUUUCAUUUCUACACAUUAUGGUUUCCCUUUGGCAAAACUUUGAUAUGAUAUGAAAAUCUGAGCUGUUAAUGACAGAUCUUAUCGCUACAAUCCAAUUAUGUUUAGUAAUCUGAAAUGAAAAACGCUGAUACCUUGGCCAGAUGUAAAUAGUGGCUAUAUAUUUUUAGAGUCGGCCAGCAUUGAUAACCUGACAUUUUCUACUGCAUACAGCCCUGAGAAUUUAAUACCGAUGUAUUAAUGAAUAAUCUCUGUGAGAUGACUUAGAAAUAACAUGACAUUUUCAUAUUGAAAAGUAACUGUUUUGUCUUGUAUACUAAAACUGUGCAUGUGGAAAAAUGUUUGGUGCAUAUGUGUUGAAUUUUAUAAUCCUGUUAAAAACUUAAUAAAAAUGUCAAAAGGC